AGGCCCGACUUUUGAUGGGCUUGAUUAUUGUUUUGUUUUCAUUAAAGCCCAACUUAGAUUUGGGCUUCGGGCUUCCGACUUUUUGUGGACAACUGCAACUGCAGAUUGAACUCCCGGUCUCGUAUGGAAGAGCAAGUGUAAUUCAGUUAUCCAGCUGUAGCACCGCCGCUCGAUCUCUCUCUCUCUCCAGGUUUCUUCAUAUCUCGGUUUAUUUUCGAAUUACUCUUUGGAUAAUUAGGUUAAAAUUUACCAAAUAGUUAUUCCUGUUUCGGCAAUCGGUAGAAAUCAAUCAAUUGGAAAUUGCUUCUCGAAAAUUGGGGAUAAUAAGUUGCAGCAGCUAUCCCUUCGUCAAAUUCGGAUCGAUGAUUAAACUCUUCGAUUCUCACUGUCACUUGCAAGAUUCGAGAAUUCUAAAAUCAGCCCCAAAACUAAUCAAAGAGGCCCUCGAUACCGGAGUAGUUAAUUUUGCCGUCAAUGGAGUUUCCGAGAAAGACUGGCAUUUGGUUAAGGAGAUGAGCGAUACCUACCCUUCUGUUAUUCCCAAUUUUGGCCUUCACCCCUGGUUUAUUUCCGAUAGAACCCCCGAUUGGCUCGACACUUUGAAGGGUUUCCUCGCAUCAACUCCCUCUGCUGCAGUUGGAGAGAUUGGUUUGGACAAAGGUUCGUUUGGGAAGAAGAUCGAUUUCACCGAUCAAGUUGAAAUCUUUAGUCAGCAGCUCCGACUUGCAAAGGAGCUGAAUAAACCGGCUUCUGUACACUGCGUGCGUGCUUUUGGCGAUCUUUUGGAGAUAUUGAAAUCGUUGGGGCCCUUUCCCUGUGGGGUGAUAUUGCACUCGUAUCUUGGUUCGGCUGAGAUGGUUCCGGAAUUAUAUAAGCUUGGUGCGUAUUUCUCCUUUUCGGGUUUUAUUAUGUCAAUGAAGGAGAGCAAGGCGAAGAAGAUGUUGAAGUGUGUUCCUCGUGAGAGGAUUCUGUUGGAAACUGAUGCACCAGAUGCUCGACCGAAAUUGGUUGACUCGAAAUUGGAGUUCUUUAUUGGAAGUGGAGUUUCGAAUUCGAAAGAGGUUGUUAUUGGUGAAGAAAACAAUUCGUCCUCCGAAGAGAAUAUUAACCAUCCGGCUAAUAUUCAUCACGUGCUUGCCUAUGUGGCACGUUUACUCGAGAUGGAAGAAAAAGAACUUUCCGAGCUGAGCUAUGAAAACGCGGUACGCAUUUUCUCUUACGAGGGUUCGAAGUUGGUGCAGAAAUGACUAUUAUCAGUAGUUAAAGUUGGAGCAGUAGCUAAUAACUAUUUUGCUCGUUGCAUGUAUAACUGCAGUAUGCAAGUGUUUGGACAUAUUUAAUGUCGUUUUCGAAUAAAACGAAAGGAGGGAAACAUCGAAAAAAA